AUGCUCUUAUCAGGUCGUCCCCGCAAUGGUUACAUUUACAUCAAUUCACAGACAGUGGCGGACCUGUGCAAGCGCAAGGAGGUGCGCCUGCACCUCUGGUUGCCGGAAAUAUCCAUUACAGACGCUGGAGUUGCACCUCUGCUUCAGACCAGCAAUGCACACAAUGUGUUCGAUGAAAUGCGCAAACCACUGGGCUGGGGAGCUGCUGGUGCUGCGAGCAGCGCGCGAGGCUUCCUUUUUUAUUUAACGAAGCCUGGCCAAAACGACGUCGUUUUGGACCAUGCUUUUUAA